UAUGGAAAUCCCUCCCUUAAAUUGGAGAAGUGGAGACCUCGGCUCGCCUCUCCGCUGUCCGCUCUAUUGCGAUGGCUUCCAAUUCCCGGCCUUCUCUCAUCGCAGAGAUCGGACCCGACGGCAUUGCCAGGGAGUCCGCUAUUAUUGCUUACACUGAGAAGGUAAUCGAGGAGGAGCAGCUACAGUUGAAGAGAUACAUCAAAGAGAAUUAUUCAAAAAUACGAGAUGUUGAAAGAGAGCUAGAGAAUCUUACAUUGGAGUUGAAACUUACAGCUGGACCCAAGAAAGCAGCUCUUGAACAUAUGCGAAAGAAAAUAGAAUUAGUAAAUGAAAGGUUACGUGCUGCCAAGUUGAAGGAGGAACAAGCCAAAAAGGCAUGGGAAGCAGCAGCUCAGGUUGUGAAGGAUGAAGAAGCAGCCAAACAGAAACUUUGUGAUGACCUAAAUCAACUGGUACAGGAAAGUGCGAACACUCAAUAUUCACGAUUAGAGGAGUUGAAAAGGAGACUAGAAGCUCUUAAUCCUAGCAGGGUUUCUAGUGAUGUUUCAGAUGGCAAGUCAGUGCAAUCGUCUCACACCAGCGAAACAGUUUCACAAAAGACCAUACAGCAGGCUGCAGAACUAGCUGGUCAAGUGCCUCACAGUUCGGCUAUGUCCGGCACUAAAAAUAAUACUGCAUUGGCAUCAGAUGGUGAUAACCAGCCACAUCAAGUGAGGGAAAAGAAGCCGACCAUGAAUCCUGCUAGACUGAAGAAAAACAUCAUUCUAAAGAGCAGAGCAGGUUCAGAUUCUGGUUGGACUGGAGCUGGUUUUGAUGUGGAAGGAAGGACAUGAACCCCACACUCCCCUGGCACCAGAGGUAUUGUGUAGCAUGCUUUGUUUUAUUUUUUUUUUUAUUUUUUUCACAUUAUUAUAUCAUCUCAAAACACGGUGAAGGUGAUGCAUUUAAUUUUUUUAAGCUAGAGUAGUUGCAGCUUUAUAGGCUGAGGAUGAAAUAUUUUUAGCAUUUGUUGUUUCUGUGAACGAGAGAUCUAUUUUCUGUGAUCCUAUUGAACUUGUACAUAAACUAAACAUUAUAUCGGGAUUAGUAUUGCACCCAAAACUAGUGUGGAUGAUACUAUUAGGGUUGUCAAUUUA